UGUGUUCUGAGAGGUCUAAGCUCUCUGCACCCAAAACCCUCACCAAUGGCGAUUUCAAGCUUAGGGUUCGCUUGCCGCCCCAAUUUCAACCUCCGCAUUCCCGCCUUCCAAUGCAUUGGCAAGGUUCAGUUGAAUCUAGUUGCGGCUAUGGAAGCGAUUGAUGAGCGAGAGGGUCAGCCGAAGGACAAAAACACCAGUAAUUCGGGCAGUAGAUUUGAGGUGUAUCUUGUAGGAGGCUGUGUGAGGGAUCUUAUCUUAAAACGCACGCCAACGGACUUCGACAUUUUAACUACAGCUGAAUUGAGAGAGGUGACGAGAACAUUUUCAUGGUGUGAAGUAGUUGGAAGGCGGUUUCCUAUAUGUCAUGUGCACGUUGGUGAUACAGUAGUGGAGGUUUUCAGUUUUAGCAUCAGCGCACGAAGCUUUGGUAGGAACUCAACUAGUGAAUUUAAAAAACCCGUACAUUGUGAUGACAAGGAUUUUAUGCGUUGGAGCAAUUGUUUGAAGCGUGACUUUACAAUUAACGGAUUGAUGUUUGAUCCAUAUGCAAGGAUAGUGUAUGACUACCUGGGAGGAAUAGAAGAUCUUCAAAAGGCUAAACUCCAAACUGUUAUACCAGCAAGUACCUCAUUUCAAGAGGAUUGUGCUCGCAUUCUACGUGCCAUAAGAAUUGCUGCUCAUUUGGGGUUCCGUAUAUCAAAGGAAACAGCUGAUUCAAUUAAGAGUUUAUCCUACUCAAUUCUUAGGCUUGAUAAGGGCCGGAUCCUCAUGGAAAUGAACUACAUGUUGGCGUAUGGUUCUGCUGAGGCUUCUCUUCGGUUAUUAUGGAAAUUUGGACUUCUGGAACUACUUCUACCCAUCCAGGCAGCAUAUUUUGUUCGCCAUGGUUUUCGAAGACAUGACAAAAGGUCUAACAUGCUUUUGAUAAUCUUCUUGCACCUGACAAGCCGUGCCACAGUAGCUUAUGGAUUGCAAUCUUAGCAUUCCACAAAGCACUCUCUGAACAACCUCAAGAUGCGUUGGUGGCUGCUGCCUUUACCCUUGCUGUUCACAAUGGUGGAGAUAUAAAGGAAGUAGUGGAGAUAGCCAGGACUAUCACCAACCGGCAUGAAG